AUGCCUGUUUUCCUGUACUACGUUACUUCCUUUCUGCAGGAGCUCCGAAGUAGAAUUUUGCGAUUUGACAGUGAAAGAAGGAAAAGGGAUAUUUUUGAAGGAGAAAAUGCGAAUUCUCCCUCGAAUUCUGUGCUGGGCAGAGCUCAAGAGGCGAGCGAAGAAAACAGGGAAGAAGCGGAGCAGUUGAAAUUCGAAAACUGUUUCCUCAGGGAGGCGGCAGAAGAGAGAGAAAGACUCCAAAAGGAAUUAGAUGAUAUGAUGGAAGAAGAAAGGAUAAAAAGAGUCAAAGAAAUCGACGAAAGAGACGCAGUGAGACUUCAACGCCUCAAAAUGCAAGAAACGAUGAUUAGACAACAGAUUGCAGAACGCCAGUUGAAGAGGGAACUGGAACUGGAGGAGAGAGAAAGGGAAAGAGCACUUGUGCUGAAGCAGAUGGAAGCCCUCAAGGUUCAAGAUGCACUUUCAAGAAAACAAAAAGAAGAAGCAGCCAGAAAUUUGCAACUCGAAGUUAAUGCUCAUAAUCAAAUGAUAUUAAACGCACCCCCACAUAAAACCAAGGCGAUGGAAGAGAGGGAGCGUGUCGAGCGCCAGCGAGAGGAGGCUGAAGCGGCUCGCCAGCGAAAGCUGAACGACGAGUUGGCGCAGGCGAGGCUGCAGCAGCACCGGGAGAAGAUGCUGAAGUUAGUUGAGACGGCAGUAGCAGAGAAGAAAGAAUUUGAUAGGGUUGCAGCGACCCAAAGAGAGCUCGCAGAAGCGGAACAGGCAAAGAGAGAAGCAGAAAAAGCAAGAAGAAUUCAACAUAUGGCAGAACUCCGCAAACAAAUCGAGGAAAGAUCCAAAGAACUCGAAACACUCAAGAAAAAACAGCAAGCCGAAGCAGAGGCACUUCAACGUGCAGAAGAAGAAGACCAGCGAGUCAUCGAAAGAGCCAGAGAAAGAAAACUCGCAGAACUGCAACAACUAAACGACGCCGAGAAGUACAUCGCACAACUCCGCAAAGUUUGCGCCAAGUAG